AUGGAGAGACGCGCGCAGACAGCAAAAGCUGACGGCAGACCCGCUCAGUUUACGUACAACAGCAUGGAUGCCGCCGCUCAGGUUAAGUUUUCUGUCCCUGCCUUGUCCGUCAUGACCCAUGGGACCGACAGAGGCUGGCCCGAGAGACAAAAAAUUUACGCUGUCCUGACGGAGGGGCACUCUGUUAGUGUGUCGUUCGUUCCUCAGAUCCUGGGCACAGGUGGGCUGGAUAGAUAG